AUGCAGGCACUAACGGAAAUGAAGACUAUAACCAGUGCAGUCUUGCCACUGCUGUUGCACCUCAGUGUCCUUGUGAAUGGGACCUCUUCCACUCGGCGCAUUGGUGGAUGCAUGAAAGCCUAUGGCGGGUAUGAUUCGGGGUUUAAUGCCACUGGUAAUGUAUACCAAACAGAUUUCGACGGAGUCACCUGGGACGAAAAUAACUGGCGCCUUGCCACGACAAAUCUGGAGCAAGGCCGCUUCCAGACUCGAGGUUCCGUGGCCAACGGAUACUUUGGUAUCAACGUUGCAAGUGCUGGUCCUUUCUUUGAAUUAGACCAGGAAGAGGAUGGCGGUGACGUGAUUAGCGGCUGGCCUCUAUUUUCCAGACGGCAGACCUUCGCAACUAUCAGCGGAUUCUUUGAUUCUCAACCCAACACGAACAAGUCUAAUUUUGGAUGGCUGUCUCAAUACGGCGGUGACAGUGUCAUCAGCGGUGUUCCGCACUGGAGCGGGUUGAUCCUGGAUCUUGGAAACGAGACUUAUCUUGAUGCGACCGUCGAUAAUUCAACUAUCUCUGAUUUUGAGUCUGUCUAUGACUUCAUGGCUGGCGUUUUGUCUUGGUCAUACACCUGGACGCCAACGGGCGACAUGGGCUCCUAUCAGAUCACAUAUCGCCUAUUCGUUAACAAGUUUUAUAUUAACCAAGCCGUGGUUGACAUGGAAAUUAUUCCCUCGAAGGAUGCGACUGCAGAAGUGGUCAACGUCCUCGAAGGAUUUGCUGCUGUGCGUACAGACUUUGUUGAGAGUGGCCACGAUCAUUCUGGGAUCUACUCAGCUGUGCGACCGAGUGGCAUCGCCAACGUCACGGCCUAUAUUUAUGCCAACUUGACAGCGUCCUCCGGAGUGGAUCUGUUGUCCUCAAAGCCUGUCAACAAUAAACCAUAUAUCAGCCAAAACGAUUCAUCUAUCGCUCGGGCCGUGCCUGUAAAAUUCAAAGCCAACCAAAAAGUGCGAGUCACGAAGUACGUUGGAGCAGCAUCCACAGAUGCUUUUACAGACCCGAAGACCACCGCCAAACAGGCCGUUCUGACUGCAAUGAGAACUGGCUAUGCCAAGUUACUUCGUGCUCAUGUUACUGAGUGGGCAAGCGUUAUGCCUGAGGAUUCUGUCGAUCACUAUACGUUCCCAGAUAAUGGCACUUUGCCCGCGGAUACGCACAUAAUCGAUUCUGCCGUGAUCGCUGUGGCCAAUACAUACUAUCUAUUGCAGAAUACCGUGGGCAAGAAUGCAAUUAAGCAAUCUAACAAUACCAAUUUGAACCGGGACAGCAUUUCUGUGGGCGGAUUGACGUCUGAUUCGUACGCGGGUCAAGUAUUCUGGGAUGCCGAUGUCUGGAUGCAACCUGGUCUUGCUGCUUCUCACCCUGAGGCUGCUCAGCGGAUCACAAACUAUCGCUUGGAUAUGUAUGCACAGGCAAAGGAGAACAUCAAAACCUCCUCUGCUGGAUCUCAGAACAGGACCCGUUUUACUUCCGAGGCAGCCAUUUUCCCCUGGACUAGUGGGCGAUUUGGCAAUUGCACGGCCACUGGUCCCUGCUGGGAUUAUCAGUAUCAUCUGAACGGCGAUAUUGGUCUUUCGAUGAUCAAUCAAUGGGUGACCAGUGGUGACAAUGAUACAUUCAAAACCAGCUUCUUCCCCAUCUAUGACUCAAUUGCCACGCUUUAUGCGGAGUUGCUGGUGCGGAACGGAUCUUCCUGGACUCUGAAGAACAUGACAGAUCCGGAUGAGUAUGCUAAUAACGUUGAUGCUGGUGGCUUCACGAUGCCACUCAUCGCCGAAACCCUAACCUAUGCGAAUACCUUCCGCCAGCAAUUCGGUCUCUUAGAGAAUGAAACUUGGAAUGAGAUGGCAGAUAAUGUCCUGGUCAUCCGGGAGAACGGGGUGACUCUUGAGUUUACUACCAUGAAUGGAAGCGCUGCUGUUAAGCAAGCCGAUGUGGUCUUGAAUACAUACCCUCUGGAUUAUACCUCCAACUACACUGCCCAGGACUCUCUCAAUGAUCUUGACUACUAUGCCAACAAGCAAUCCCCCGAUGGGCCUGCCAUGACCUGGGCCAUCUUUUCGGCUGUGGCAAAUGAGAUGUCACCUUCUGGCUGCUCUGCCUAUACCUAUGCUCAAUACGCAUACCGCCCCUAUACACGUGCCCCGUUUUUCCAGAUGUCAGAACAAUUGAUCGAUAAUGCGACCACCAAUGGUGGAACACAUCCAGCAUUCCCUUUCUUGACUGGGCAUGGUGGCUCCAACCAGGUUGCUUUGUUUGGUUACCUAGGACUGCGUCUACUCCCUGAUAAUUACUUACAUGUAGACCCCAAUCUACCACCACAGAUUCCAUAUCUGAAGUACCGCACAUUUUACUGGCGUGGUUGGCCUAUCUCGGCCUGGUCUAAUUAUACCCAUACUACAAUCAGUCGUGCCUCUGGAGCUUCUCCACUGGACACUGCAGACAAGCGCUUCGCGAACACUUCGAUCACGAUUCUUGCGGGUCCUGACAAUAACAGUACCACAUACCAACUUCCCCCUGCUGGAAGCUCUAUCGUUAUUCCCAACCGACAGAUUGGUUCUAAAAACACAGUGGCUGGUAACAUCAUGCAAUGCCAGCCUAUUCAGUCAGCAGAUUCAUAUGAACCAGGGCAAUUCCCCAUUUCCGCAGUGGAUGGUGCAGCCUCAACGAAGUGGCAGCCCAGCUUGGCUGCGAACCUGAGCGCGGUGACUGUUUCUCUGGGGGAUGAAGCUGGUUCAAUGGUUUCGGGCUUCUACUUCGAUUGGGCGCAAGCUCCUCCCGUGAAUGCGACCGUAAUUUUCCACAACCAGACCCUUGACAAUCCUAGCAUGGCCUAUUCUUCGGGUGACUCCCGCGGUUAUCAAGUCAUUACAUCUCUCCACAACGUCACCCUUUCCGAUCCAUACACCUCAGAAACAAAUCUGGAUGCAAUUGCCAUCCCUACAGGAAACACUACCAAUGUGACGCUCUGCAGCCCUGUCCCGGCGGCAAAAUACGCUUCCCUCUUGAUUGUGGGUAACCAAGGUCUGGAGGAGGUUGAUAUCCAGGCCCAGAAUGGCACAGGUGCGACUGUGGCCGAAUGGGUGAUUCUUAGCGGGACGCAGAGCACCACCGGCUCCCAGGGCAACUGCUCUUCUGCGACCCAAAGAAAACUAAACGCGCGUGCUGCAGCGGGGAUUGAAAUGGGCUCCUUUAUGCGUCGUCAGUUUCAGUCGCAAUCGUAG